AUGUGGGGCAAUGGUUAUAAUCUCUAUGGAAAUUUUCAGCAACAAGAUGCACAACCAAACUAUUGGUUUAAUCAAAAUGCAUCAAGUGCUACAAGUAAUCCAUUUGGUCUUCGUUUUGACAAUUAUCUGAGUGGUGCGGCAAAUCCAUUUGCUGGUCAAGUUUACAGCAAUAUAUAUCAACCAUAUAACAAUUUUGGUUAUCAAUUUAAAUGA